AGCAGUCAAUCGCCGCCCCCAUUUUUGGUGGCAGUUCCCCACACCUUAUCCAGACCGAAGAAAAGGUCGGAGAUGGGUCCGACAGAGUAACCGUUUCGGCGGCGACCCAUGGGGGCUCGGGCGAGAGAACCCCGUGUGUUUGGUCAGAUAGCAGAAAAAGAUUAAUAUUGAUUGGACCGACCCCAACCGGCUCGACCUGCAUUUUCUCCUCUCUUGACAGCAUUCUUCCUCCCUUUCUUUCCUCGUUCCUGGUCUGUCUUCCAAUUGUCUGUUCGAUCGCGGGUUGCGAAAAUGGGCAAGGUAUUCGAUGCGGCCGAGGUUGCAAAACACAACUCGAAAGAGAGUUGCUGGGUAAUUCUCUACGGGAAAGUGUACGAUGUCACAGAUUUUCUCUCAGAGCACCCUGGUGGUUCCAAGAUCAUUCUCAAACUUUCGGGUCAGGAUGCCACCGAGGAAUAUGAUCCAAUCCACCCUCCCGGCAUUCUAGAAGAGAACCUGAAGCCCGAGGCCUUCCUUGGGACCGUUGAUGCGGCCACAUUACCGAAGCCGCAGGCUGAUGCGACCCCGUCCCAGGAGGAAGAGAAGGAGGCGGAGGUUCCGAUGGAGGCUCUCCUUAACAUGGACGAUAUCGAGCAGCUGGCCACCAAGAAGGUCAGCAAAAAAGCAUGGGCUUACUACUACUCUGCAUCCGACGACAAGAUCUCGAAGCAUUUCAACACAGAAGUUUAUCGCUCGAUCACUCUGCGGCCGCGGGUCUUCAUCGAUUGUAUGAAAUGCGACUUGGACAUUUCCGUACUUGGACACAAACUUGGGAUCCCCAUCUAUAUCUCUCCCGCCGCCAUGGCUCGCCUGGGUAACCCAGCUGGCGAAGCGGGGAUUGCAGAGGCCUGCCGCAGUUUUGGUGGGAUGCAAAUCAUCUCCAACAACGCCUCUAUGACCCCGGAACAAAUUGUCGAAAAUGCCGCCCCCGAUCAGAUUUUCGGAUGGCAGUUGUAUGUGCAGACUGACCGCAAGAAGAGUGAGGUCCAGUUGGCACGUAUCAACAGACUCAAGGCAAUCAAGUUCGUGGUACUCACAUUAGAUGCGCCGGUACCUGGAAAGCGCGAAGAUGACGAGCGGGGUAAUGCUACUGGUGGUGCUGGUCAGGGUGAAAGCGGCGUUGGGAAACAACUAUUCCAAGGCACAGACCCGACGCUCACCUGGAGGGAUACACUACCCUGGUUGGCCCAACAUACCGAUCUUCCCAUAAUCCUCAAGGGUCUUCAGACCCAUGAAGAUGCGUACAUUGCAUCGCUUCACGGACCUCAGAUCAAGGGCAUUAUCCUUUCAAAUCAUGGUGGGCGCGCUCUAGACACUGCCCCUCCUGCCGUACACACCUUGCUAGAGAUCCGGAAAUACUGCCCCGAGGUUUUUGACAAACUCGAGGUGUGGAUUGAUGGUGGUAUCCGACGAGGAACAGACGUUGUGAAGGCACUUUGUCUCGGCGCAAAGGCUGUAGGAAUCGGGCGACCCGCUUUAUGGGGUCUGGGAGCCGGUGGUGUUGACGGUGUAAAGCGCACAUUACAAAUUCUGGCGGAUGAAACGGCCACCACCAUGCGGUUGCUUGGUGUUGAACGCGUAGAGCAAUUGGGACCUCAACAUAUCAAUACUCGCAUCGUAGACCAGCAAAUCUAUGAUGGACCCUCGGGCCUCGAUUCUCUACGGUCGGUAUACCGUGCCAAGCUUUAGACAAUUUAGACCGGUGUACAUUUGAUAGCGUAUGUUUGUAUACAAGAAGCAUUAUGGACAGUCGUCAUUAAUGGAUCCAAGACUGUCAGGCUCAACCUGAUGGUCGUCGUAUUUGAGUUGGUAGUACGGGGUUAGUGGCGGAGAUAACAACGGAGACCGAUCUAAACGGCCCCCCAAAACCAUUUCCAAUUGGCAUGACAUGGUCGACUUCUCAGCCUCACCUCCCCGUCCUUUGGCAUUGUCCUCGCAUUCUUAUUGGAAAUAUAUAAGAUCCAACAGAUUAUACCUGAAAUUUCUAAACUCCAAAGCUGAAUAUAUCUUCUACGUGUAACCCGCCCACAGUCCGCCCGCCGUCCGAGCAUGCUGCAAUGGCUGAAAUUCAGCCCAACGACACUCAUCUCUCUAAAGAGAGAAAGAGAACUAGA